UAAACAACCCAGCUUCGUGUUUCUACCUUUUCCCCCCCAACAAAACCUGACCAUGGUGGGCAUCAAAAUGAUUUAAAAACCCGCAUGUUACUGUGAUAAUGUUAACCCAAUUUGUUAUUGUCGCGUAGAGAGCUGUCAAAUUGUUGAUUCAAAUAGAUUCGAGCCAGGAGACUUUCUCCGUGUGAGAGGACCUCUGGAGCUCAAAUGUCUCCUGGACAGCACAGAUGAGACGCUCAUGCACAAAGCCAUCUCAAGAACAUUUGAGAACCUACGUUCUCACGUGAACUCUGAAUCCUGUGUCCUGAGAGUCCGGGACAGCCCAGUUGUGAUUUGGCCCAACAAAUGUGUUCACGUGACGCCGAAAGAAAUAACUCCAAGCACACCGUGUGAAGAGCUACAUAAGUGGAUACAGACAGAGGAACAAGAAAUAGCUGGCAAAAGGUCUGCGAAGAAGGGCAAAAAGAGCUCUGCAACGCGGGUGAUCAGUCUUAACCUAAUGACGGAGGUGACAAAGCUCGGUCCCCUCCCUGCACCCAUCCUCUGCAGAACCAUCCGGAAGUCCUACUUCCUGUCUACAGUCCUUCCCAUGGACUGUGUUGUCUGCAUCUCCUGCACUGACACCAUCAAAGGUGCCUGUGAGCGCCUGUUGGAGGCGCUAACACAUCAGCUGCAUGAUAUGGAGCGAGAGAUGUUGCGCCACGCGAAGGGAAUGACGCUAUCGGUCCCAGAGCCUUUCCACUUCCUGCUUCCGGAGUCCAAAGGACUGGUGACGGCCGUCUAUCCUGCUGGGGUGCCCGACAGCCAGCUAGAGGCCCAGCGUAAGGAGCUGCACGAGCGCUUUGAGUUACCGGAAGACCGACCCUAUUUUAGAAGAGCCAACGCUUAUCACUUCCCCAAUGAACCCUACAAAGACGGUUACCUCCGAAACCCUCACCUGGCUCUCACGCAUCCUACCUUGGACGACGGAAGGGUGUACUUGGUGCAGGGGCUGUACAGUUACCACCACUACAUGCAGGACCGCUUGGACGACAACGGCUGGGGCUGCGCUUAUCGCUCCCUGCAGACCAUCUGCUCCUGGUUCCAGCAGCAAGGCUACGUGGAGCGGGCCGUGCCCACUCACAAAGAGAUCCAGCAGGCUUUAGUUGAUGUUGGAGACAAACCAGGAUCCUUUGUGGGAUCUCGUCAGUGGAUUGGAUCCUUCGAAGUUCACGCUGUCCUCAACCAACUCCUCGGGGUCACAUCCAAGAUCUUGUUUGUUAGUCAGGGUUCUGAGAUGGCCUCCAAAGGCAGAGAAUUGGCCAACCACUUCCUGUCUGAGGGGACUCCUGUGAUGAUUGGUGGUGGGGUCUUAGCCCACACCAUCCUGGGCGUUGCGUGGAGCGAGACCACCGGGCAGAUUCGCUUCCUCAUCCUGGACCCUCAUUACACAGGCGCAGAGGACUUGCAGGUCAUCACAGACAAGGGCUGGUGUGGCUGGAAAGGAUCGGAGUUUUGGGAUCAAACCGCAUAUUAUAAUAUGUGUCUCCCCCAGAGACCAAAAGCAAUCUGAUGCACAGCAAUGACGAUGUAAAAUUCCAAAUCACCAAAAUCAUGUCAUACUAAACCUACUAGCCACUUCAUUGGGUACAUUAGAUGCACAGUCUUAUAAGAUCCAAUACAAGAGCUUGACUUUUGCAAAGAUAAUAAUGCUUAUUUUCCAGUGUGAGUCAGGGAGGUAUUCAUUCAAUAACAUGGUUAUUAUUGUGAUUUUAGUCUGGAGUGGUAUGUAACUCCACUGCAUCACACUGAAAGCUGUUUAUAAUACUCCCUGCAUAUUCAAGGUUUGGCAUUGGCAAAUUCAUGUAUUCAGGAAUUUUAAUUGUAUUUUUCCCCCAACUAACCUCUGGUAUUCGCAAGACAUUAAUGCGGCAAAAAACAAAAAGUAUUGGGUUUUUUUUUUUGUGGCAAAAUACUUUCUACACUAUGUAUGAUACUUAUUGUAUUUAAUUGUUUUUUAAUUGAGACAGAAAAUGGUUGGAUGGCAUUAGAUUUGUGAUUGACAGUCAACGGGAGUGGAUCAAUAAGAUGACGGAGCCCAUGUUUGCUGUGGCUGCUUUUGGCUCGCGAUAGUUUCGCCAAAAUUGGACUAAACACGGCUUCAGCGCCAGCACAUUUUUCAUCAUCUUCAGAAUUGUUGAUGUGUACGUAAACGUACUGUGCACACAUAGUUCUAUGUGCUUUCUUAGCUGUAAUCUGUUUAUUGUAUUUUGAAAUACACAGCAAUGUUUGAA